CAUUGCAAUUCUUUCAUUCCCAUUCAAAACACAGGACAAUCCCACCGAUAAAAAAAUCAGAAAGAAAGUAAUGACCCAGAAGGAAAAAGAAGGACAUCAAUCGGUAAAAGUGAAAUUAAUUCAGUGAUUCAGUGCUCAUUUUUUGCCAAUAGGAAAAGAUUGGUAUUGUGACGAGACAGAGGAAUAAAGUGAUUUUUGCUCUUUGACCAUUUGAAAAGCCAUAAAGUAAAAGUGAAAGAAAUGAUCAUAAAAAUUGUAAUGGGAAAAGUUGCAAUUUUAUGAGGCGCCUGCCAGAAACUUUGUCAAUUGAGGUGCAAAAAGGAGGAGAGGGUAAAAGUCGGGUCAAAAUGCAGAAUGGAUCGGGGUGGAGUCUUGUGGAAUCACCGUCGACCGCAUUUUUCGAUGAUUUUGAGGACAAUGAUGACCCAGAAGCAAAGCCAACAGGUUCUUAUGCAAUUUCCACCCUGGAAGUCCACGAGGGUGCCUUCCACUUCACAUACUUGGCCACAUUCCUCUCAUACAUCACACCACAUGAGCUGCCAGUGGUCUCUUGUGUUGCAGAACUCCUCAGAGAUGUCUUUCGCUCCAGAGUUUCCGUUCCUCAAUUGAUUCUCGAGGCUCUCAAGAUCGAGUCUGGAUUCAUCUGUCUGGUGGGACUUUUCUUCCUCGUGGGCAUUAUUCCCCUCAGUAUUCUCAUAGCGUGGAGUUGCGCAGGAAAAUCAACAAUCUCACAAUGUGAUUCCCAGUCAGGAUCAGAGGACACCACAACGGCAUCUUCGAUGGUUGGAACAACACCUCCACCAAGAUCGAACCUCAUGGCCAUUGAUGAAUCCCUGGAGGAUGCUCUCAACUGCCGGAAGAGGGUCCUAGCGGGCGUUCUGCAGUUUAUUUUAAUAGCUCUCCUGGCCAGCAUCGCCACGAUGUUUGUGACAAAUGAGCAAGUGGCUAGUACUCUUGAGAAAACCCCUUCCCUUGUGCGGAUUUCACUCCAGGAUGCAGAGACAUUUAUAAAAGACAGUUUCAGGCAAAUAACCUUUCACACUCAUUCAGCCCUUUCAAAUGUUUCUGAAAGCAUAGAAUAUGAUCUGAUCCAUGUGGAUACCCUUCUUGGAGAACCUAUCCGACGAGAUUUAGCCCAAGCCUCAGGGAUUGAAGAAGCCUUCGAAGCUCUGUUGAAUCUCUGCGCUCUCAAUAUUGAAGUUCUCAGGCGUGUCCAUCUUCUCCAGAAAAGCGUCUCCCGAGCCAUUGUUGUUUCUGCAGAUGCAUCAGCUCGCAUUGAGGAUCUCCAGUUUCAGCUGUCAGUGCUCCAGCGCCAGUGCCUGUCCAGGGAUAGACCUCUCUGCGAUACUCUCCGUUUGCGAGGCUUCGAGGAAAGUGGCUUCAUGAGGGCAUUGCAUGAUUUGCAGAGAGAUCCAGCACUCCUGAGAAUGAUGAGCCUUGGUGAAGUGGAAGUGGAUAGCCGAUGGCAGAAUCUUUCACAUGAAGUCGCGUCGGCAAGAGCAAAUUUCUUUGGGUAUCCGCUAAAAAUGAUGGAGGAAACAGAAGUCCCGAGGGAAAAAGCGCGGAAAGAAUUGAUACGCCUAAGGGAUGCUUUUCAGUGGUUCAGGAGAGAUUUUGGGAUCCUGGCUAGGAAUCUCGUAGACGAGGUUGAUCAUCUCUGGGGCAGAAUUGUUCCUGCCUUCGAUGAGAUGCAGAUCGGAGGUCGUCUCUUGUGGAUUUUCGGAAUAUGCUGCUCAAUUGUUGCCCUUCUGGUGACUCUGCUGAUCUAUUCCUCCCUCAGUUGCUCGUGCUGUGAGGCUGAGGAGAAAGCUGGUAUCACUCUUCUGGGUGGAACAACCCUCAUGAGCAUCUGCAGCCUCUCCCUAUCCUUCUUCUGUGUCAUGGUGAUGCUUCUCGGGGGACAUGGAGAAGUUUUUCUCUGUCGCCCUCUUGCUGAUUCACCCAAUUAUACUGUCCUGCAGCGAUUGCUGGAUAAACCAGGCCUUCUACUGACCACACAGUCACAAAUUGGUGUCAUCAACAGUAUCCUCAAUAGAGCUAGCCAUGCGAAAAAUGCCACAGUAACCACAUCUCUUGGUGAUGUUAUUGAGAAUUGUGGACAAAAUGCUUCCACUUACGCCACAUUUCAGCUGGAAACUAUCCUUGAGGCCAGUCAAAUUGCUAACUUGGACAACUAUCCCACUUUUACAGAAGCUGUAGAGAGAGUGGUGGCCAGUGAGGAAGAUUUUUUAACACUUACAGCAUCCCUAGGGCAAAUUCUCAACAUAAUCAUCAGUGAGUCACAUGUGAAUCUCACCAAGUACAGAAUGCAUCUGAGUCAGGCAAUUCCCGAGAGAGAUUUGGCCACUUUCAUUGACCAAAUGCAACGAGUUUCCCUUCAGAUUCGUGAUGUUGCCACAUCAUCGAGGAUGACAACACUUGGAAGUCGCGCAAGAAGGCUAGAGGUGAGCGUUAUGCAGUUUCUAGAGCAGCUGCGGGCAGAAUUGCUAUACCAUCUUACAGCAUUGGAACUUCAAAAAGAUCCCUGGGACAAGCAAUUGAACAUAUCUCUAAAGCUCCUGAGAUCUGCUCAGGAAAUCAUUAACGAGGAAGCAAGGGAAAUUUGCAGGAAUCACACGGAAUCUUAUCAAAUCAGACUCAAGAACCAUUUCAGCACCGCCAAAGACAUCCUCAUGGACAUCCUGAAUGGCAACAGUGCUUCUUGCUGGCCACUCUUUGCCAUCUUCAUGGCAAAUCGCGCCCUUUUCUGUGCCCAUUUAAUGGAUCCCCUCAAUGGUUUGUGGUUCUCUACCUUCUGCUGCCUCUUGCUCUGGGCCAUCUGCACGCCAAUCUGUCUCUCCCUCGCUCAGAUCUUCAGACGCCUGAGGAAGGUCAGGAAGUUCAGACACACCAAUAGUCACCAUGCUCCCUCGGACAUCCAAAUUAUCUCAGAGCAGAGCAAUUGGGGGGCAACAACAAGACAAGACGACUUGGAUAUUGACAGGUCAAAUUGGUGAUUCAUGGUGCAUCAGUGUCGAAAUCCACCAAAAAAAAAUAAUUGAAUUUUUGUAGGAAUUGCGAGCUCCCGUCUGCAGGACACUUUGUCAUCUUCCAAGAUGAUGAUCGCAGUGCAGAAAUAUUGAUUUAAAUGCAAUCUUCAGUCCAUUUGCCAUCGAAUAGUUAAUUUUAUAAUACAAAAGUCGAUCUAAACCACUUUACAUCACAAAAAAAAAGUCUUUUGCGUAAUUUGAAUUUUUCUCUUGCGGCAUUUCAAUGAAAAUUGGACAUUUAAAUAACACUGAAUAUUGUAUGAGUUAUUUAAUUGUUUUGCAUUAUGUUGUCAGAUUUUAUUGGACGUAGCUCACGAUACUCAUUUGUAUUCCUUUGCAUUGGCAAUUGGACACCAAAUGAUUUGGAGAAAUUGGAGUUAAGAUGACAAGUUUGCCUGGCUACAGUCAAAGGUGUGUCUCUCACAACUUCAUUCAUUCUUUUGGGCGAUCUUGUUUGGAUGGCGGGGAGUGACAGUAAGAUUUGCCGAAAAUCUUAAUUGCCAGAGUGAGAAAAAGAAGUGUGAGAUCACUUCUUGAUCACAUUUUGGAUGGUGGCCUAAAUUUGAUGCUGAAAACCCUCACUCACGCACAAAUGAGGUGAAUAAAACAACAUGGGAAUUAUA